CUCGCCGACGGGACGUGAACGCGGCAGCAGUCCAGGGGCGGGCAGGCAGGCUCUCACCGUGCAGUAUGGCGGACGAUGGAGACAGUUCGAGCGGACCGGUGGACACCAGCGGCGGGCAGGCGGCGGCGGACGAGUCGGACGGACUCGGCGUCGGCGCGAUGCUGCUGAACAUCGGCGUUUUGCUGGCGGUGGCGGCGGCGUGCGUGGCGGCGUACCGGCGGUGGGGCCGGCGGCUCGGCCCCGACGCGGCCCUGCGCGACGAGGCCGCGGCGCUGCCCAAGAUGCGGCGGCGGGACUUCACGCUGGAGCAGCUGCGGGAGUACGACGGGCUGCUGAACCCGCGCAUCCUGAUGGCCGUCAACAUGAAGAUCUUCGACGUGACCAGCGGCAAGAAGUUUUACGGCAAAGACGGUCCUUACGGCAUUUUCGCGGGCCGGGAUGCCUCGCGAGGCCUGGCCACCUUCUGCCUGGAGAAAGACGCCCUGUGGGACGAGUACGACGACUUGUCCGACCUCAACGCCGUCCAGAUGGAGAGCGUGAGGGAGUGGGAGAUGCAGUUCAAGGAAAAAUACGAUUACGUCGGGCGGUUGCUGAAGCCCGGGGACGAGCCGUCGGAGUACACGGACGAGGAAGACAUCAAGGACCACCUGAAACACGACUGAGCGGUUCCAUCACACCAACCAAAGCCAGGAGACCCCCCCCCCCCCCCCCCCCCCCCCCCCCCCCCCCCCCCCCCCCCCCCCCCCCCCCCCCCCCCUCUCCCCCCCCGACCUCCUCAUCCUCCUCUUCCUCCUGCCGCUACCUUCACCUGCCCCCCUGCUCCUCCUGGAUCUGUCCGGUUGUCGCGGCUAUUCUCCACGGACAGGACUCGAGUCUCAACGCCCCCCCCCCGACUUCACCCACCGACAGAAAAGCAAAUUGGAAAAACCUUUUGACGAGGGGGCGGAGAGGUGGAACCAUUAGAUGUAUGGAAACAAAACCACGUGAUAUGUAGGACGAGAGGGGAAAAGGGGGGGGGGCGUGGAAUGUGGUAGUCGUGGUCGUGGAGGUUUGGUCGGUGCCGGUUCAGAAACACAUCGUCAGAGAUGAUCGGUGGAUUCGGGAUGGGGAAGCGGAUUUCUCUCUUUUUAUCUGUGGUUUAGUCACAUUGCAACGGAAACUGCUUCAGCUUUUGGACAGCUUGUCAAUCAAUCAAUCAAUCAAUCAAUCAUUCGUUUGUUUUUUUCUUUGUUUUGUUUUUUUUCGUUCAGAGGAUUUCACCCCCUUGUCGAGCGCAGGGCAGAGUUGUGGCCUAACCAAAGGUAACUGGCGGGCGUCGCGUUUUCCUGUUUGUGUUUUGUAGUGUAUGCACUACUAGUUUUCUUUGUUUGUCACCAUGUGAUUGUAUUUGUUGAGUAGUAUCGAGGGAGGGAGGGAGGGGACGUUUGUUUUGUUUUGGUUUUUUGAGGUGGGGGGGUGGGGUCAAAGGUCCUUGCCAUACGAUACCUGUUUUUCAAUCACGUCGGAUGAAGUGAAUCAGCGGAAUCGGGAAUACAAAGGGAAGGUGACAAGGCAGUCCGAAAUCAAUCGACUCCGUUGUUUACAUGCCUCACAACGCCAGCUGCAAAGUCUGUAGUCUGUUUCCCCCCCGGAAAAAAAAAUGGUCCAAGUAUUAAUUGUGCCUUAUUUAGUUUGUCAUGUCAGUCCGACUCCCGACUGGUCGAACGUAGGAGGAGGAGGCGGCGAGCGGAGCAACGGCGGCGGCGUCGUCGGUUUCUCCCCCAACACGUAACGAAGGCAGAACGUUUCUGACGGUCGUCCGUGAACCGACUGUAAUAUUUCUCCCCCCAACGUCACAAACUUUGUAAAUAGACCGUAUGAAUAACUCAGUGUUACUGCCAUAUUUAUGUAGUCAAUGAACUCCAUAUACGUAUAACGCGCUGUCGUAUUGGCCAAAACCCCCAAAAGAUUUUGUUUUUUUCAUUUCUUUUUGGGUUUUUUCAGUUCUGAACUUACUUUUUAAAAAAAAAAAAAAGUGUGUGAAUUUCCAAAUAAAAUAAAAAGUUUAAAAAACCUAGGGUUUGCUAAAGUGCUGCAGGGCGGGACCGGGAGCUAUUUGUGCGAAUUUUUUUCUUUUUUUCCGGAGACGUUGCUUAUCCUGUAAAUAUAUCGUAUCAUUUUAUUAAAGCAUGUGCAACAACAACGUGAGCUAUGCCGAAAUCCCACCAUGUCAUGUAUUUAACUGUUGGGGGUGUGUGUGUGUGUGUGUGUGAGCGAGCGAGCGCGUGUCUGCGUGUGUGUCUGCGUGACGGAGGCAGGAAGGGAUUUGUUCAUGCAUAAUAAAUCGAUUUGGUUAAUAA